AUGGCGAAGCAUUCGGUGGCAAUGGCGAAGAAGCGGUGGCCGAUAAUGUUGGCGGCAUUCUUGUCCGUCUCGACAGUGACGGUGCUCUUAAUGAGAGCUGCUAACUCCGAUUCCUGCAACAUCAAGCAUUUUACUGUGGCUGAGGAUAAUCAGAUUCGUUCGUCCAAUCAAGUCGGAAACGCCGCUUCAAGUCCCCUAUAUUUCAUGAAGUCGAAGCUAGUACUCAUGGUUUCGCACGAGCUAUCUCUCUCAGGCGGGCCUUUGUUGCUGAUGGAGUUGGCUUUUCUGUUGAGAGGCGUUGGUUCUGACGUUGUUUGGAUCACCAAUCAGAAACCGGCGGAACCUGAUCAGGUCAUUUACAGUUUGGAAAGUAAGAUGUUGGACAGGGGAGUGCAGGUCUUGUCCGCCAAAAGUGAAAAGGCUAUAGAUACAGCUCUUAAAGCUGAUAUGGUCAUUCUAAAUACGGCGGUAGCUGGGAAGUGGCUGGAUGCCGUUCUCAAGGAAAAAGUUGGCCGAGUUAUUCCAAAGGUUUUAUGGUGGAUUCAUGAAAUGCGAGGGCAUUAUUUCAAAGUGGAAUAUGUUAAGCACCUCCCUUUUGUUGCAGGUGCCAUGAUUGAUUCACACACAACCGCAGAAUACUGGAAGAAUAGGACUAGGGAGCGUUUAGGGAUUAAAAUGCCUGAAACCUUUGUUGUACAUCUUGGAAAUAGCAAGGAGCUGAUGGAAGUUGCAGAAGAUAAUGUAGCAAAGAGGGUUCUUCGCGAGCAUGUUCGCGAAUCUCUAGGAGUGAGAAAUGAUGAUCUACUUUUUGCCAUCAUAAAUAGUGUUUCACGUGGAAAAGGGCAGGAUCUAUUUCUUCGUGCCUUUUAUGAAAGUUUGCAACUCAUCCACGAGAAGAAACUCCAGUUACCAUCUUUGCAUGCAGUAGUAGUAGGGAGUGAUUUGAAUGCUCAGACAAAGUUUGAAACAGAACUGCGGAAAUUUGUUAUUGAGAAAAAGAUUCAGGACCGUGUUCACUUUGUGAACAAAACCUUGGCUGUGGCUCCUUACCUGGCUUCUAUUGAUGUUCUUGUUCAGAACUCUCAGGCACGGGGGGAAUGUUUUGGAAGGAUAACUAUUGAAGCAAUGGCAUUUCGCUUGCCUGUACUGGGAACUGCAGCUGGAGGGACGAUGGAAAUUGUGGUGAAUGGGACAACGGGUUUGCUGCAUCCUGCUGGAAAAGAAGGCGUGACACCUCUCGCGAUGAACAUUGUGAAAUUGGCAACUCAUGUUGAGAAGAGGCUGACCAUGGGAAAGAAAGGGUACGAGAGAGUGAAAGAGAGGUUUCUGGAGGACCAUAUGUCACAGAGAAUUGCAUUGGUUCUGAAGGAAGUUUUACGGAAGGCUAGGCAAUAG